AUGAGUAUGACCAAAAGCUCGGAACAGGAUCGUGGUGCUCGAAGCAGCUUUGUGAAAAUUGACAUUUCCAAAGGUAACCAGCCAAAUGAGAGUACCGCUGGUGGUAUAGCUAACAUGACAACAACUACUACUACUGCUACUACGUUUGCCACGAAGGAUAAUUCUAAUGUUACAGUGGAGACUGCAACCGCUAUCGGCAGCACGACUUCUGUAUCAUCGGGGACAACUUUGAAGACACAGAGCACAACGAAUUCGCCAACGACGACGAUUACAAUCCCUCCGGAAAGGGAACCCGAAAUACCAAAAGAGGGUCGUUCAAUCAAAGUAGUUCCUAGCGGAUAUUAUUGCCGAUGUGAUCUCAAGAUCAACAUUUGUGAUGUCAACUGCUGCUGUGAUAUCGAUUGUAGCGAUGCAAUUUUGAAAACGUUCGAUUGCAACGAAGAGCGACUGGAUGUUGCCGAGUAUCAUCACCAGGAAGGAUUACAAUCCUGUGAGGUGCAGGGUGGAUUGUUUUGCUUGAUUGACGGCCACCAUGGUGAAGGAGAUCAAUCGCACUACGAUCCCACACGAAAAUACUUGUCUUCGAAACAUAAGUGGAAGGAAAUUUUCGGCUCCGGUGAGGGCCGAAAUUUAGGGCCCGCUUCAACCUAUCGAGUGAACGGGAUCCUGCAACUAUACAAUGAAACUAGCGAGAGACUGGGAACAUUCACAAUUCCCUAUUCAAUAACCAACUCUCACUGUCAGAUAAAUCAACCGGUUCGCUUCCUGCGCGACCAAACAUCGUCAUGUAUCCGUACGCUGGAGGAGCUUGAGACAUCGCUCGCCGCCUUCGUCACGCAGCAAUCGACCGUUCGUUAUUUGCGCGUUCCCAAAACCGAAAACCUCAUGGAGCACUGUAUGGAUGACGACUGCUUCAACAGCACGGUCCAGUAUUGUAACCUAGCAGGCCGAGACUGUCAGUCAUCCAACCGGACCGGCGCCGAUACCGAUGGCGACGCGGAUGGUACUUGGUACUGUCCGGAACUUCAGAUUGUGAUGCUUCACAACUAUACAUACUUAGAGGGGGUGGAAAUUAAACUCCAAUGUGGAAUAGCGGAGCUUUCCACUCUAGAAAGUGACACCGUUUGGCAAAGUGUACGGAUCGAAUUUAAGCGAAGAAACGAGAAUCAUUUCUCUCGCCAGGUUAGCGGAAAUCUGGGAUAUUUGAAGGGAAAACCUCUUAUAGUAUCCAGGCGUUUGAUCCCCGCAAACGCCAGCUUAGAAGAGCGCAAGCAAUCGAAAAAAUAUAUGCUAGGUUACUUCACCAACGGUACCAGAGCACCGGAUGAGACGUUCCGUCUGCGUCUACCCAAAAGCAGAAAGAAUCGAUGCGUUUUGAAUGACCAGAUGCAUCACAAUGUGCUGUUUGGUGAAAACAUAUGGAGCAAGUGUAACUUUUAUCCACAACUCAACGUGACGACCGAAUCGAACUUUACGGAAAUUUGCCUCAAUCUACAGGAGGAAAUAAAUUCGCUACUAUUGCGCGAUGUGGCCCUCCAGCUUCGAGAGAAAACCAGCGAAAUGUUGAAUUUAUACCUUUCAAAAUAUGGCAAUCCGGUCAAUCGAAGCUUGGAUUGGGUGCAAUUCCGUGCGCUGAACGUUAUUGACGAGAAAGUAACGGCAAGUUGGUCCCAACCGGCUGCCUUCUUCAAGUGCAACAGUAUGCUGAUAAAUGUUAACUACCAUAUCUUCCACGGGAGAACGACAGUCCGCAACGUUCCCCGGCAACAUGUGGCGCAGGAAGCGGAGAUAGUGCUUGGACCGCGCGUUGAUUUACAGUUCCCGCUGGACGAGGAAAUUCGGGUGCCUCUGUUCGCACAGGUGCAAUUUUUUGAUCUCACAUCGUGCGGUUCCAGAUUAGGUACCACCCUGUGUUUAGUUGCCAUAAAGUUUGUCGCAUUUAUGAAGCUGAUGCUGAUAUGAGGUAAGCUUGAGAUAAAAAAAAUAUGGAUGAGAUUCGCUGAUAAACAGAAAAUUUAAUUCACUU